AUGAAGUUCAUAAAAGGAAAGAGACCCCAAAAUGGCCAAUCAGGACGUACUAGAGCUUUCCAAGCUCUUCGGCAGGGCGGUACUCGUAAUCGUCUACGCGUAGCAGCGGCCAACAAGGCGUCCAAGGUGAAACGUUUGAGAGCCAUUCAAAAACACUCUGCCAAUGGCAAACUUAACAAUAAAAAUAUGAGGUCAAAGAAUAAUGCUAGAGCAGCAGUGAAUGUGGUUGAUGCUCGUGUUAAACUUUUGCAAAAGGCUUUAGAAAAACCGACAGUGAUGCUAGAUGCUAGACAAAAGUUAACAAAACAAAAGGAUGCUCGCGAAAAAAUUCAGGAACGUCGUUUACAUUCAACGCCAUAUGAUACAAUGCAAUAUAUGGAAACGUCAAGAGGCCAUUCCAAUAACUUAGGUCGUGUAAAAAUUGACCGCCGUGGUAUUCUUACUGUCAAGUCUAUUUUGGAUGAAAGAGCACCAUCGCAUCAUUCUGACUUUAGAGAUAGAAGACCAGACAGACAGUCUUCUGUAAAUCAAGGACGUUUUGAUGGUGUAGAAAAAAGACGCAGUAGUAACACUUUCAAUUCAGAACUAAAUACAUUUAGAAGUGACAGACCUAUUGAAGAAAUUAGACCAGUGAGACGGGAUAUGAGAAUGCCAAGACGUCCAAUACAAAACACACAGUCUAUGAGACGACUGCCAGACCGUCCAACAAGACCAAUGAGAGUUAAUGAUAAACCAUAUAAUAGACCUAUGGCAAUGGAUUAUGAGGAUUCAAUGGAAUGGGAAGAUACAAAUAGAUACUCUCCAACACCGGUAAUGAGACGGAAUGUUGGAAAUGCAAUGUUCAAUCAUGAUGGAUAUCAAGAUGAUUUAUCAGAUAGAAAUUCAAGGAAUCAUAGAGGGUUGAGUGAAACAUUACGUUCAAGAUUGGACUCUCACCAAACAGCCUUAGCUAAGCGUGCACGACCACCUAUAGGCCAUAAAAUUAUUAUAUCCAACUUAGAACCAUCCGUGACGUGUGAAGAUAUAAGAGAACUAUUUGCAGACAUAGGAGAUUUAUUAGAAUCUAAAGUGAUUCGACCUGGUGUUGCUGAAGUGAUUUACAAUCGUCGUGCUGAUGCUAUACAAGCGGUAGAUGUAUAUCACAACAGACAGCUGGAUGGCAGGCCUAUGAAAUGUGACAUGGUGAGGAAUGCUGGUUCUAACAGUGGGCCAAUGUCUGUAUCUGGAACAAGUCGUAGAAUGCCUGCACGUGGUGCCGAUUUGUAUAAACCAUCAGCGUAUGUUGGUUAUGAUUUAGAUGCAGUACAUACUGCAUUAUUUAAUAAUAAAUAA